CGUCGACGCAUUGACACCAUCUGUGGACAAUUGCGUUUGGGAAGUGAUGUUUCUGUGUCAGCUUUUCGGUUCUAUCAAAGCGCUCUGUUUCGCGGACUGACUCGUGGACGUGGGGCAAUGCAUACUGCGGCGGGUUGUAUCUACUUGGCUGCUCGUCAACUUCGAGUUAGUCUGAUGCUUCUCGAUCUGAGCGAUGCGGUCGGGAUCAAUGUGUACGUCCUCGGGCAUUGUUACGUCGAGUUGAAACGCAAGUUGCACUUGGCUAUACCUGAUAUGGACCCUUGCCUUUUUAUCGAACGAUUUGCCACUCAGUUAGAGUUUGGUGACAAAAUGUCUGUGGUAGCCACCACCGCGAUGCGGCUGUUACAACGCAUGAAAAAAGAUUGGAUUGCUACCGGUCGACGACCGAGUGGGUUGGCCGCGGCCGCGUUACUCGUUGCGGCCCGGAUUCACGAGUUCAACCGGACCGAGGAGGAUGUGGCACGAGUAGCGCGUGUUAGUCAACAGACCACCCGAAAACGGCUUCAGGAGUUUGGACGAACCCCGACUUCAAAGCUCAGCAUUGACGAUUUCUUUUCGGUCGACUAUGAGGAGGAACAAGAUCCGCCGGCGUUCAGUGCGAGUAAAAAAUCUGAUGAAAAUAUCAAGGAAAUGGAUGAUGAGGCUUUUUCUCGCAUUUCCGCGGAAAUCAAUGAACUAGAGCGACGGAUUGAAAAGCAGCUACGCGUAAUCGCAGAAAAGCGGGUUUCUCGUUCAAUUUUCAACAAACUGUCCGACUUGGUAUUUGGAAGGCUUUCCAUUCUCAAUCUUCUCUAUAUGCUUCUUUUCGUCACUAAGAUCUCUAUUGUGUCGAUUUCUACACACUCCUUGUCCACUUUACUUCUGUUGGAUGAGGGAAGGUUCAAUGCGGAAGUGAAGUAUCAAACCUCGAUUGUUGGUAAACAAGCUAUGGGAUUAGGUCACUGGCUAUAUCCGUCCCAAGAAAAGGAGCGUGUAUAG